CUCCCAGUGGAGCGGCUCGGGCUGCCGGGGAGGCCCUGGCUCCCUCGGGACGCCCGGCCAACGGCGGCGGCGGUGCUAGUCCGCGGCCCUGCCGGGAGGGAAAGCUACGCCGUGGUCUUCCCAGGCGACGCGGAGAGCAGUUCCAAAGAACUGCUGGUUUAUAUUUUAGCUCUUGCCAAGUUGUGAAAAUAGUGAAGGAUGAUUAUACUACUUAACAUUCAAAUUGCUCUCUGGUUAAUCAUCUUUAGAAGACUGGAUUUCUGGAUAUCUCCUUCACUCCAUGUCUAUUGACUUUUAAAACAUGAUAAUGCAAACCUGUAACACUGGCAGUCAUCCAUGAACCUUUAAAUUACACUGCUUAAUAGUGUUUGAAGCUUCCUCAGGGAAUAACAAUGACAUCAGCAGUGGUUGACAGUGGAGGUUCUGUUUUGGAGCUUUCCAGCAAUGGAGUAGAAAAUCAAGAGGAAAGUGAAAAGGUUUCUGAAUACCCAGCAGUGAUUGUGGAGCCAGUUCCAAGUGCCAGAUUAGAGCAGGGCUAUGCAGCCCAGGUUCUGGUCUAUGAUGAUGAGACUUACAUGAUGCAAGAUGUGGCAGAAGAACAAGAAGUUGAGACCGAGAAUGUGGAAACAGUGGAAGCGUCAGUUCAUAGCAGUAAUGCACACUGUACAGAUAAGACAAUUGAAGCUGCUGAAGCCCUGCUUCAUAUGGAAUCUCCUACCUGCUUAAGGGAUUCAAGAAGUCCUGUGGAAGUGUUUGUCCCUCCUUGUGUAUCAACUCCAGAAUUUAUCCAUGCUGCUAUGAGGCCAGAUGUCAUCACAGAAACUGUAGUGGAGGUGUCAACUGAAGAAUCGGAACCAAUGGAUACCUCUCCUAUUCCGACAUCACCAGAUAGCCAUGAACCAAUGAAAAAGAAAAAAGUUGGCCGUAAACCAAAGACCCAGCAAUCACCAAUUUCCAAUGGGUCUCCUGAGUUAGGUAUAAAGAAGAAACCCAGAGAAGGAAAAGGAAACACAACCUAUUUGUGGGAGUUUCUUUUAGAUCUACUUCAAGAUAAAAAUACUUGUCCUCGGUAUAUUAAAUGGACUCAGAGAGAAAAAGGCAUAUUCAAGCUUGUGGAUUCAAAGGCUGUCUCUAAACUUUGGGGAAAGCAUAAGAACAAGCCAGAUAUGAACUAUGAAACUAUGGGACGAGCUCUGAGAUACUAUUACCAAAGGGGUAUUCUUGCAAAGGUUGAAGGACAGAGGCUUGUGUAUCAGUUCAAGGAUAUGCCCAAAAACAUAGUGGUCAUAGAUGACGACAAAAGUGAAACUUGUAAUGAAGAUUUAGCAGCAGCUACUGACGAAAAAUCCUUAGAACGAGUGUCACUGUCUGCAGAGAGUCUCCUGAAAGCAGCAACCUCUGUUCGUGGUGGAAAAAACUCAUCUCUGAACUGCUCCAGGGCAGAGAAGGGUGUAGCUAGAGUUGUAAACAUCACUUCCCCUGGUCAUGAUCCUCCAUCCAGGUCUCCUACUACCACCGCGUCUGUGUCAGCAACAGCAGCUCCAAGGACAGUUCGUGUGGCAAUGCAAGUACCUGUUGUAAUGACAUCGUUGGGUCAGAAAAUCUCGACUGUGGCAGUUCAGUCAGUUAAUGCAGGUGCACCGUUAAUAACCAGCACUAGUCCAACAACAGCAACCUCUCCCAAGGUAGUUAUUCAGACGAUCCCUACUGUGAUGCCAGCCUCUUCUGAAAACGGAGACAAAAUCACCAUGCAGCCUGCCAAAAUUAUCACCAUCCCAGCUACACAACUUGCACAGUGUCAGCUGCAGACAAAGUCAAAUCUGACUGGGUCCGGAAGCAUUAACAUUGUUGGAACCCCGCUGGCUGUGAGAGCACUUACCCCCGUUUCAAUAGCCCACGGUACACCUGUAAUGAGACUAUCAGUGCCUACUCAGCAGGCAUCUGGCCAGACUCCUCCGCGAGUUAUCAGCGCGGUCAUAAAGGGGCCAGAGGUCAAAUCAGAAGCAGUGGCAAAAAAGCAGGAACAUGACGUGAAAACUUUGCAGCUGGUACAAGAAGAAAAACCAGCAGACGGAAGUAAGACAGUGACCCACGUAGUGGUUGUCAGUGCGCCUUCAGCUAUUGCCCUUCCUGUAGCUAUGAAAACGGAAGGACUAGUGACGUGUGAGAAAUAAAAUAGCAGCUCUACCGUGGACUUGAGACUGUUAGUGAUAGUACUAACAUAAAUAUUUGCAAGGGAGGUCAUCAAGCAAAGUCAAAAGAAGACUUUAAAACAUUUUUAAUGCAUCUAAGAAAACAAUCAGACUUACUGGAAAUAAAUUACCUAUCCCAUGUUUCAGUGGGAAAUGAACUACAUGCGGAGAUGCUGACAGAAAACUGCCUCUUACAGUAGGAAACAACUGAACCCGUCAAUAAGGAAAAUGGAUUGAAAGGGACCAAGCAACUCACUACAAUAUCCAGUUACACUAAGACUUGGAACACUAACACUCUGUAAGAGGUUAUAUAGUUUUCAGUGGGGAGGGGUUGGGAUGGGUGAUCUCAUUGUUACAUAGAGCAAUUUUUGAUGCAUUUUAUAUGCAUACCAGCAAUUAUUACUGUGUUCACACAGAACUCACUUAACUGGUGCUAUGUGAAGACUGCUAAUAUAGGUAUUUUAGAAUGUGAAUUGAAAAUGGAUCCAAAAGCUUUUCAGAAAGAGGAUAGCAAAAAAGACCUAGUGCGAUUUUUUUUUAAAUAUCAUAUAGCUUAAGCUGAUUUAAAACAAAGGCCUUAGACUAAUUUUCAGUUUUCUUUAUUGAAAUAAGCUAAUGGCUUGUUUGUGUAAAGCUUUUUUAUUAAAAGAAAAAUUUUAAAAAUCUUGUACCUAGCACAGUAUUGUUAUAGAAUUUACAUGUAACAUUUUAUAUGGUAGUUUAAGUCUGUCAGUUUCUUAAUUGUGGACAAAUUAACAGUUGGCUCUGGCCUUUUGCUGUAACCUGCCUGUGUCACUCACUUAGUCCUGGCAUCUGUGCAGACAUAGCAGUUUCAGUCCUACUGUCACUUGGAAGUUCAGGCUCAGCAUGAAUUUUUGUCAGGUAGCUCUAAUACCUGGUGUUUUUGUUCUUGUUUUUCCUUCCUUCCUUUUUUUUUUUUUUUUUUUAGUUGAAGUUUUAAGAGGGAAAGUACCAGUGUUCAGAUUUGAACUAUAAUAGUUUGUAUAUUCAACAUUUGAAGUAUAUUCUAUUUUGUUGUACUCUUGUUUCAAAGUGUAUUCAAGUAGGUUUUCUGAAAUAUAGAAAUGAAAUUUA